AUGUCAGAAGAAACAGUGAGUGAAUCACAGUUUUCCUUGAAGACAGCAGCACUGAGAGUGUUUGAUCUUCCUCUGUCUUGGUACUAUUCUCUCUGCCAGAUCAAAUUUUCGCCAGUAGCUAAAAAGUUAUUCAUGGUAACUGCAGUGAGUGCUGUAUCUGUAAUUUUUCUGGCCCAUCACUUUAAAAGAAGACGUGGAAAAAAGAAAGGAAAGAUGUUACCAUGGGAACCAGAGCACCUCAUACUUGAAUACACUAAAAGAGCAGCAUCAGACAAAGGUUCAAGUUGUUCCAGUAGCAGACAGAAUUUGACAUUAUCUUUAAGUUCUGCCAAAGACAAAGGAUCUCAGUCUUGUAACUAUGCUAAUGGAGGACUCUUCAGUAAAUACUCAGGUUCUGCACAGAGUUUAGCCUCUGUCCAGAGUGUCAAUUCUUGUCAUAGCUGUGCUUGUGGGAAUUCUAAUUCCUGGGACAAAGCAGAUGAAGAUGACAUUAAACUUGUUAAUAUUCCUGUGACGACUCCUGAGAACUUAUAUUUGAUGGGUAUGGAAUUGUUUGAAGAGGCAUUGCGUCGAUGGGAACAAGCUCUAACCUUUCGAAACAGACAGGCUGAAGAUGAAGCCUGUGGUUCCAUUAAACUGGGUGCAGGAGAUGCCAUUGCAGAAGAAAGUGUGGAUGAUAUUAUUAGUACUGAAUUUAUCCAUAAACUUGAAUCUCUGCUGCAAAGAGCCUAUCGUCUGCAAGAGGAGUUUGAAGCUACCCUGGGGGCAUCUGAUCCUAAUUCCCUUGUUAAUGAUACUGAUAAAGAUACAGAUAUCACCAUGAAAGGGAAUGCGGAUGACUUCGGCCUGAGAGACACCUUGAGUGUUGCAUCAAAUGAUUCUUUUGCUUCAGCAGCAGAGCUUGCAGAACACAAAGAAGUGCGACAUACCUACAGUCUGGAGUCUCUUUGCCACUGCCCUUUUUACGAAGAGGCCAUGCGUUUAGUUGAAGAAGGAAAAAUUUACUCGAGAGUGCUUAGAACUGAAAUGUUGGAGUGCCUAGGAGACAGUGAUUUUCUUGCCAAACUUCACUGUAUUCGACAGGCUUUUCAGGUAAUUCUUUCAGAAACAGCCAACAGGAUAUUCCUUGCUGAGAGUGGAAGGAAAAUUUUAUCAGCGUUAAUUGUAAAAGCACGAAAGAAUCCAAAGAAGUUUGAAGAUGUUUUUGAUGAAAUGAUCUAUUUUUUAGAGCAGACCGAUCACUGGGAUAAUACUGAAAUGGAACUUGCUGCUAGAGGAGUAAAAAAUCUAAACUUUUAUGAUGUUGUUUUGGAUUUUAUAUUAAUGGAUUCCUUUGAAGAUUUAGAAAACCCACCUACAUCCAUACAGAAUGUAGUAAAUAAUCGCUGGCUAAACUCCUCCUUCAAAGAAACUGCUGUGGCUUCAAGUUGUUGGUCAGUGUUGAAACAGAAAAGGCAACAGAUGAAGAUCCCAGAUGGAUUUUUUGCCCAUUUUUAUGCCAUUUGUGAGCAGAUUAGUCCUGUCCUAGCCUGGGGCUUUUUGGGUCCUAGAAAUUCUCUCUAUGAUUUAUGUUGCUUCUUCAAGAAUCAAGUUCUUUUCUUUCUCAAAGACAUUUUUGAUUUCGAGAAGGUGCGCUAUUCCAGUAUAGAGUCUCUAGCUGAAGACCUCAUGCAGUUGCUUAUUCGCCGCACUGAACUUUUAAUGGCCUGUCUUGGAGCUGAUGCCCUGAGGCACACAAGUAGCUGUUUAAGUAGUCAUGUUCCUGUUAUGCCCAGCGGCCUAUUAGAAGCCAAAGUACAAUAA